UUCAUUUUUGCUAAUAAACCAAAAAAUCAAACAAAUUGUGAGAUUGUUGUUUGUUUUGUUGCUAAUUUUGUUUGUUGCUAUGAAGGAAAACUAUGAAAAUGUGGGAUUUGGUGAUUCAUUGAAGCCAAAAAAAUCGAAAUCUAGAGAAGUAAGUUCAAGAUAUUUGUCUCCAACUUCGAAUUCUUCAAUUAUUGAUGAUAAAAAUCAGUCUCCAGAAAGUAUAGUAUCGAAAACAAGAUCAUCAACUGAUUAUAAUAAGCAUAAAAGUCUCGAAAAAUCGGGAUUACUGGGUAAGCUUUGGCCGUCUUCAUCUUCUCCGAGUUCAAUCAUGGAUACUUUUGGUAAUCACUUAGGAAAUGAGAGAUUAAAAGACGUUGAAGAGCGAAAAGAUCUCGAAAAUUCAAAUUCAAAUUCUCAUCCCCUGUUUUUAAGUAAGCAAAAGAGCUGCACAGGGUUUAGUAGAUUUGAGAAUGAGAAGGAAAGAACUAAAGAGAAGGAGAAAAGACGAUCGUUUUUUGGUGGAUCCGGAAAAAUCAAGUUUCCAGGGAAAUUUUCGAAUAAUUCAUCCAAGUCUUCGAAUUUAUCGGAUGGUAGUACUGGCCAGAUUGCCUCUGGAAGAUUUUCUGUUGAUGCGAAUUCGCUUGGAAGAAGAUGUAAUUCAGCAAGAAUUAGAUCAGAUAUUUUAUCUGAUAUUAUAGCAAAUGAAUCAGAAUCCGAAUACAGUGACAUUUGUUCAAAUAACAGUUUUGAUUCCCCUGUUUUUGGGUAUAUGGCACCAACAAUAAGUUCACGAAAGUCUGGUAUCGAAGUUCCAUCUAAAUAUAUGCAAGAUACAUUAUCCAAAUCGCGAAGAUGGAGUUCAGAUUGCACUGUUCCAAAGCCAGAGUCUCCGAAAUUAGGACUCAAAUUCAAAAAUCCAAUACAAAAGGCUGCUACUUCACUUAACAGCAAAACUUCUAAAUGGGCUUGGUCUCCUGGAAGGCCGAAUUCGCCUCCUGUAUUGAUUGAAAAUAGAGGGAUUUUUACGUCGAAUAUGAAGCCUCCUACGAGUCCUUCUAAAGGGAAAAGUGUUGGGAAUUUCCUUAGCAUGGGGCUUGAAUUGCUCAAAGGUAAGAAAUUUUCUUCUGGUGCAGCAUCUCCUCUUAGGCCAGGCACUACGGAGAGCGUCCAUCGUUUAAAGAUACUUCAUAAUAAAUUGUUGCAAUGGAGAUAUGUAAAUGCCAGAGCUGAUUCAGUCCAUCACAAUAUCAGUAAACAAGCUGAGACAAAUUUAGUAUAUGCUUGGGAUGGUUUAAUAAAAAUGAGACAAUCUGUAGUACAAAAAAAGCUGCAGCUACGGAGGCAAAACCUGGAAAUGAAAUUGAGUUUUGUUCUUCGUUCUCAAAUAAAGUUACUAGAAGGAUGGGGUUCUAUUGAAAGGCAGCAUUCUUCAGCAGUGUCAAAUUCCGUAGAUUGUUUACAAUCAGCAUUGUGUAGGGUUCCUCUCAUUGAAGGAGCAACGGUGGAACCACAAUCGGCUAUUAUUGCUCUUCAACAUGCAUCAGAUGUAUCUACAUCGAUCACGUUGAGAUUAUCCAAUUUCUCAUCAGGAGCUGAAAAAACUGCAGAAGUAAUGAAGGAAAUGGCAGAGAUAGUUGUACAAGAGAAGUUGUUGUUAGAAGAAUGCUUGGAGCUUUUCAAAAACAUUUCAACACUAGAGAGUCAAGAAAGGUAUUUAAUAUGCAGCAUUAUCCAAUUAAGACAGCAACUGCAAAAAGAGAAGAGAAUGGUAUAUGUUUAAUCAUUUGAUCUCAGAAGACAAAUGCUCAAGGAUUUACCGUCGGAGAGAGGCGGAGUCAGAAUUUCAAUUUUAUGGGUGUUGAGUCUCAGAAGGAUGAGUUUCGAGUGUUAAUAUCUGAAUUCUAAAUUUAAUAUUUGUACAUAUUUAGUGAACUUAUUAACAUACACGCAUUCAACUUUCUGAAGGUAGAAGCAAGAGUAGCAUUAUUUUGUCGA